AAAUGUGAAGAGAGAGAGAGAGAGAGAGAGAGAGAGAGUCCUUACUUUUUGCCUUUAUGCAUUCCAAUUCCCAGCUUUACAGGGAUGAUCAUCAUGUACAUAUAUAUGAAGAAUAUCCUCAAAAAUAUGCAGAAAACAACGCACCCAUACUCUUCUUCUUCUUCUUCAUUAACCAAUAUUGUUAGUGUUGCAUUUUGUGCUUUGGUGUUUCUGUGUGUUCAUAUUAAUGAUUACAGUGUAGCAGCUGCUGCCGCUGUAUCUGGGAGUGGUAGUAGUAGUAGUAAUAGCAACAUCAGUAGCAGAAGUCAUGAAGAAGGUAAUAUUGGGUACUACAACUCAGCAUCAAGAUCAGUAGAGGAGCAUGAAAGCGUUCCAGCAAUGAUAGUGUUCGGGGAUUCCAUAGUGGAUCCAGGGAACAACAACAAUCUCAAGACUCUCAUAAAGUGCAACUUCCCUCCAUAUGGCCGCGAUUUCAUGGGUGGCCUCCCCACCGGCCGCUUCAGCAAUGGCAAGGUCCCCUCCGACCUCUUGGCUCAAUCGUUCGGCGUAAAAGAGUUUUUGCCGGCGUAUCUUGAUCCAAAUUUACAAGUUGAAGACCUCAUUACCGGCGUAAGCUUCGCCUCCGGCGGUGCAGGUUUCGAUCCCCUCACAGCCAGAAUAGUGUCGGUGCUGUCCUUGUCGGAUCAGCUGGAGUUGUUCAAGGAAUACAUGGAGAAGCUGAAGGCCGCAGUGGGGGAGGAGAGAACAGAGACUAUAAUAUCGAAGAGCAUAUACAUAGUGUGUGCAGGGAGCGAUGACAUUGCGAACACAUACUACUCCACGCCGUACAGGAGCCAGUAUGACCUCCCCUCCUACACUGAUUUAAUGCUCAACUCUGCUUUGAGUUUCGUCCAGGAGUUGUAUGGAAUGGGGGGGAGGAGGAUAGGGGUGUUUAGUGCGCCGCCAAUAGGGUGCGUGCCAUCGCAGAGAACGACAGCGGGAGGCAUAGGGAGAGAGUGCGUGGAGAACCGCAACCAAGCGGCCCUCCUCUUCAACUCCAAACUCUCCUCUCAGUUGUCUGCCCUCGCUUCCACGCUUUCCCCCGAAACCCGCCUCGUUUACCUGGACGUCUACUCCCCGCUGUUUGCCAUCAUCCAAAAUCCUUCUCUCAACGGAUUUAAAGUGGCGAGCAAAGGGUGUUGUGGGACAGGAACCAUAGAGGUAACAUUGCUAUGUACCCGCUACAGCCUGGGAACAUGCACAGAUGUGUCCGACUACAUCUUCUGGGACAGCUACCACCCAACUGAAGCUGCUUACAGGACCCUCGUUCGACUGGUCUACCAGAAGUAUGCUGCCAAAUUCUUCUGACCCACACCCUUUCCCUUUCCCUUUCCCUUUCCCUUUCCCCUCCAUUGUUAUACAUCAUAAGUCCCCCAAUCCCCUAUUUUUGUUUGCACUACCCAAAAGAUAAAAAAUAAUCAUACCAAAGAAAAUCAUUCUAUUGUUAUUCUAGCAUCUGAAAAUGUUCUCAUCUUACGUGACCAUCGCGUCUACGUCUAAAAUACUCUUCUGUCGUUGUAUGUUAAGUUCAAGGCAAUAAGAUGUUCCACGUGUAAUUUUUAUACACAAA